AUGCUGAAACAGGGCGACAGGAGACGGUCUUGGAGCUACAAGCCCUGGCACACCGUGGAGGAUGAGCACGAGCCCCACGCAGGGGACAGCCAACGCCGCAUCAGCUUCUGCUCCGAGAGAGCCCGUUCGGGCUCCCAGGCCAGCAUCCCACAGUGGCCGGAGGGCACCUAUAACUACUACAUCGACGACGAGGACAACGGGGUGGAGGAGGAGGAGCCGGGGCAGGACGAGCUCGCCGAGGAGGACCUGCAGCCAGAGGAGGCCACCACCCCUCCGCCGGCCGUCCGCAGCGCCAGCCCGACCCCGUCGUCCACGCUGAACGUGAACGUGGGCGGCCACAGCUACCGGCUGGACUACUGCGAGCUGGCCUGCCACCCCAAGACGCGCCUGGGCCGCCUGGCCACCUCCAGCAGCCGCAGCCGCCAGCUGGGCCUGUGCGACGACUACGAGGAGCAAAGGGACGAGUACUUCUUCGACCGCGACCCGGCCGUCUUCCAGCUGGUCUACAACUUCUACGCGUCGGGGGUGCUGCUGGUGCAGGACGAGCUGUGCCCGCGCAGCUUCCUGGAGGAGCUGGGCUACUGGGGCGUGCGGCUCAAGUACACGCCGCGCUGCUGCCGCAUCGCCUUCGAGGAGCGGCGCGACGAGCUGAGCGAGCAGCUCAAGAUCCAGCGCGAGCUGCGCGCCCAGGCGCAGGCCGAGGAGGCCGAGGAGCUCUUCCGCGACAUGCGCUUCUACGGGCCGCAGCGCCGGCGCCUCUGGAACCUCAUGGAGAAGCCCUUCUCGUCGGUGGCCGCCAAGGCCAUCGGCGUGGCCUCCAGCCUCUUCGUGCUCAUCUCCGUCGUGGCGCUGGCGCUCAACACCGUGGAGGAGAUGCAGCAGCGGGCGGGGCCGGGCGCGGGCGGCGGCGGCCUGCGGCCCCUGCUGGAGGACGUGGAGAUGCUGUGCAUCGCCUUCUUCACGCUCGAGUACCUGCUGCGCCUCGUCUCCACGCCCGACCUGCGGCGCUUCGCGCGCAGCGCCCUCAACCUGGUGGACCUGGUGGCCAUCCUGCCGCUCUACCUGCAGAUGCUGCUCGAGUGCUUCACGGGCGAGGACCAGCAGCGCGGCAAGACGGUGGGCAGCGUGGGCAAGGUGGGCCAGGUGCUGCGCAUCAUGCGUCUCAUGCGCAUCUUCCGUAUCCUCAAGCUGGCGCGCCACUCCACCGGGCUGCGCGCCUUCGGCUUCACGCUGCGCCAGUGCUACCAGCAGGUGGGCUGCCUGCUGCUCUUCAUCUCCAUGGGCAUCUUCUCCUUCUCUGCCGCCGUCUACUCCGUGGAGCACGACGUGCCCGGCACCAACUUCACCAGCAUCCCCCACUCCUGGUGGUGGGCUACGGUGAGCAUCUCCACCGUGGGCUAUGGAGACAUGUACCCGGAGACCCACCUAGGCAGGCUUUUUGCCUUCCUUUGCAUUGCUUUUGGGAUCAUUCUCAAUGGGAUGCCCAUUUCCAUCCUCUACAACAAGUUCUCUGAUUACUACAGCAAGCUCAAGGCUUAUGAGUAUACCGCCAUCCGCAGGGAGAGGGGGAAGGUGAACUUUAUGCAGAGAGCCAGAAAGAAGAUGGCUGAGUGUUUGGCUGGAAGCAUCUCACAGUCCACCCCGGAGCAACAGAAUUAA